AAGCAACGUCUGACAUCGUACAAAAAGAAGAAAACCGCACCAACUCUCGACGGCGACGAUCUAUACCUCCAAACCAGUCGGAUGGACCACAACGACCGGCUUGCAAGCGGGCGACUACCAGCUCCUCACGCACAGUUCAUCUCCACGAACCAGAUGACCUCGGCGUCUUCAUCCGCAAUCGUCGAAACGUCAUACCCGCUCGUUCGGGCAGGAAAGCGAUCUCGAUCCAUUUCCGUGACAGAGGAACGCCAUACGAAACGUCGUCGCGUGGCGGAUGAAUCUCGAAGAGAAAGGAGGACCAAGGUUGGCGGUGCCCUGGGCGAUCUCAAAUUUCUGCAGGGGCAGAAGGGCAAUGUGCUCGUGCUCGUGGCGGCGAUGCAGCAAGGCAUCAAUCGCAUGGAGAACGGUCUUGUGGAUCUAGUAGUGAGGGGCGAGCGAGCUCGCCAACGGGGCUACUCCCAUACGGGUUCCACAACUUGCGAUGGGUCCACCGGAGUCAGCUUGUGAGCUCCCGGGGGGAGACUCCAACUUAUCCCAGCGACUGGAAUCACAACAAGAGCUCACGAAUCUAGGGACUUCCGACAUCCAUGCUCGCACAUCCGAGACGACCAGUGUGCAUCGCAUUCGCGUCCGAACACAUCCGGAAGACUAUUCGCGCGAUGAACUCGCGUCGCUAUAUCGCGCCCACAUCGAUGCUCCUCCAGUCCCCUGUACUUGUCGACGGACCGCGCUACAGCAGGGACGGAUCAAGGACACAACGUAUGUGCGCCCCCGCCCCCGCAUCGGCGUGGAUGUACAGGGAAUAGCUUUUGAAGACUGGACCUCCAAUUCGACGCUCUUGAAGAAGGAGCAACUCCUCCGGAUGCGCUCGACCUCCAGCAUAUACGCCGAUGUCACACCUGACGCCGAUGUUUUCCCGGCACGGAUCUGGCCCCGAUGCCCCAGGGCACCGUCGACAGGUUUUAUCCUUCAAUUUCGACAUAUACCUCCUGGCGUUUCUGAUCGUCUGGAAACGUGGCACAUCGAGAGGGGACGCUGUUUGACCUGCAUAGCGAGGGCGAUGCGCACCUUCCCUCCAUGGAUCAUCAAAUUCACUCCUUUCAACGUGACGAUAGAAGACGGGGAUCCUGUAUUCAUGAACGAUAGGCAGGACGAACUGGUCGAGUGGGAUGAAGAACGGAAGCGUUGGCGCCACCUUGUCUUUGAUCACUAUCGAUGGCUUCCUGUUGAGGAACUGGAGGAGAGACCGAGCGACCGCACCGCCGACGCCCAGAUCGUCAAUGGAUUAUAUAACACACCUGUCCCUGAUUCCUAUACGGUUGCUUACUGGCGGAUAAUUGAUACGUGAC